AUGAGCUCAGCUGAAGAUUCUCGGAAAGCCACCACGGCCCCUUCGCUCAGUGACGAAGAUUACGGGAAGAUCCAGAAAGCGAUGGACGAGGGUCGAUACCCGUGCAACAACGGCAAUUUCAACCUCACCACUGGGAGAUGUGUCUGCGAGAAGAACUAUGUUCACCUCAUCUAUGAAGAUCGAAUAGA